ACAAUGCGCUACGCAUCCCCUUUCCGUCAAUAAAGAUUUUGUCCGCGUCUUGUUUAUGUGAUUAGAGGUUAAGUUUUCGUAACUGAUAAAAUGCUCUUGAGUUUUUCUUUUGAUACUUGAGAGAGUCAAUGGGCUCGUCGCAUGACGCGAGGCCACCAUGUGACUGUUCAGGACAAUUUUCGUCGAGCUUGCUGUGAAAUUUUGCCUUUGCAUGAAUGACCGCCAGUCGAUAAUGAGAGGUCAACCAGGGUGCAGAACGAGGUUCUGAUUCCACAAGGUGACAAUGCUGAGAAUUUACAACGGUGUGAAAUGGAUGAAAAUAGUUUUCUGCAGCGCCGUCUGCGCUACGAUAGCGUUGUGUGUGUACCACAAUUGGGUGCACGCAAAGGAACUCGACAUGCUUGGGAACGGUGUUGUCAAAGUGCACCGCAGUAAGCAUCUCAGAGAAGACAUCUUGUAUGGAGACAGAGACGGUGUGACAGCGAUUAGUCUAUCUCAUAAUGCAAACCAGAAGCCAGUAGAUGGGAACAUCAAGGAUUUAGAUGAGGCUAAAGCAAAAAUCAGAGAACUGGAGAUGAGAAUCAAGCUACUGGAAGGAGGUAACCCUCGAAGAUUCCCAGAUGUAAAAUUCUUGAACUAUCGCACAAGAAAGCGAAUACUGGUAACUGGUGGUGCUGGGUUCGUUGGUUCUCAUUUAGUUGACAGUUUGAUGAUGGAGGGCCAUGAAGUCAUUGUUGUUGAUAAUUUUUUCACGGGCCGCAAAAGAAAUGUGGAGCAUUGGAUAGGCCAUGAGAAUUUUGAAUUGAUACAUCAUGACAUUGUUAACCCUCUGUUCAUUGAGGUUGAUGAAAUUUAUCAUCUUGCAAGUCCAGCAUCCCCACAGCAUUAUAUGUUCAAUCCAGUGAAGACCAUCAAAACAAACACAGUUGGCACCAUCAACAUGUUAGGUCUUGCAAAGCGAGUUGGUGCUCGUGUGCUCAUUGCAAGUACUUCUGAAGUAUAUGGUGACCCAGAAGUGCACCCUCAGCCUGAGACAUACUGGGGCCAUGUAAAUCCUAUAGGUCCUAGAGCUUGUUAUGAUGAAGGCAAGCGGGUAUCUGAAUCCUUGAGCUACGCUUACGCCAAGCAGGAAAAAGUACAAGUUCGAGUUGCACGAAUAUUUAAUACAUAUGGACCUCGAAUGCAUAUGAAUGAUGGCAGAGUUGUUUCAAACUUCAUUCUUCAGGCACUACGAAAUGAAGAUAUAACUAUAUAUGGACAUGGGGAUCAGACGAGAAGCUUCCAAUAUGUGAGUGAUCUAGUUGAAGGUUUGACAGCACUAAUGGCAUCCAACUAUUCUAUGCCUGUUAAUAUUGGAAAUCCUGUAGAAUAUGCUAUCAAAGAUUUUGCCAAAAAAAUUAGGGAUUUGGUGGGAGGAAGAAGCCGACUAACUUUCUCAGAUGCUGUUGAAGAUGAUCCUCAACGGCGCAAACCUGACAUUACAGUUGCUCAGACACAACUUCAUUGGCAACCAAAGGUCACCCUACAACAGGGAUUAAAGAAGACCAUUGACUUUUUCCACAAAGAACUUCUACGGUCCAGCCACUCUAAUCGCAACAUGUUUCAGCCAGAAUUGAGCCUGACCAAUCCUAUUCUCAAUGCAAAAGCUGAGCAGGUUGAAGUCAAGAGGUAGCCUUUCAAAGGGAUUAUGUUAGUACAGUACUUCACUA